AUGGCCGACAGGAGUCGGCACCGUGGCAUCCCGCCCGUCUUGCCCCUUUUUCUGCUUCAUCUUUUUCUCUUCGUUGUCAUCUCGAUCGGUCAGGUAAGAAGAGAGCCAAUUGCGGCGAGAGUGCAGUCGGUCGGCCACCCAGACGCCGCUCUGUCCAUUCCGAUCACUCAACUGGCUUGCCUCUCUGCCCCGUUUUUUUUGCAACAUCUCCGUUGACGUCUCAACUUCUUCCUUGUUCAUCCACGAAAUAGAGUGGGAAGCCGGGGAGACGCGGUUGAUUGACGGCGGAAUGUGUACAGAAGCAAAACGGAGACCGUUCGGACACGAAUAAUUGUGGCAAUUAUGGCCGGAGAGGGGAAAGUUACACGGGGGUGAAGUGGAGGAAGCUAACGGGUGAAUGCGGAGGAGCUGCCGAAGGGAGACUGUUUCAGGCGGACGCGAACGGAUGCGAUCGGUACGUGAAGUGUCGGAGCGAGCUGCUCGAGGUGCAUUGGAAGUGCGCGGAGCCGUCGAGGAGGUUCACGCAGCACGCGUGCAAGAUUAACAGUCUGUACGGGUUCGUAAGGAAUGAAGUUGAGCAAUUUAUGGGUGUUUCGUCUUUUCCAGAAAUCACAAAGCGACGUCCUACGACAUCGAGUCCCUGUUCACAGACUGCACACAAAAGUAUUCGGCCAUCAGCGAGAUCGACUACCUUCUGAUGACUGAUCCUUCGUGCAAUACUGAAAUUGAAGCGGCCGUUUGGCCUGCCUCUUUCUCUUCGGCCACUUGUUGGAGUGAUCUAAUCAGACUGACUCAGAGAUGUUUCGCACUGAGUAGAUGUUGUCCGGCAGCUCAGAGAUGUGCAUCCGAGGUCGAGAGGGAAUUGAUCACGGAACAGUUUGAGUUGGAGAAGAGCCAGAUGAAAAUGAGAUUGGAAGAGUGCUCUGUUGAGAUGAGUGCAGUUCUGAGGGCUCCUGUUUCGAGGUAUACGGUAGUUAGGGACUUGAAAAUGAGUGAAGUUUCAGAGAAGACGCAAUGAUAGCUCUGAAAGUGAGCGAAGCGACGAAAGUGAUGCUGAGAAGUGUGGUGCCGUUCAGAGUUUACCCAGAUCCUCAGGUUCGAACAGUCUCUCGCAGGUAGCAGACAAUUUCUCAAUUUCAGAGAAGACCAAAAACGAAACGAGGGAAGAAAGCGAGAGAGUUCGCAGCGCUCCUCUCGAACCGACCGAAAGGCAUCAAAAGACCAAUCAGUACGUUGAAGCACUCGCACGAAAACCCUCUAACUGAUAAUCAUUUUAUGCCCAGAAAGUCGUUACGGAAUCUCGAAACAAAAGUAUUCGACGACAGUGCGCGCCGGAAGAGCCGAGACGCUUCACGCGCCGAUCGAGCCGCCGACCACUUCGCUCCGUCCGUUCACAGUUCUUCACCACGGCGGCACCGUAAUCCAGACGACGUCACAGCCGCCCGCGUUCUCUCCGUUCACUUUCCAGUCCAUCGACUUUGAAGCGCGAUUUAAUAGAAAAUUGCGGAAGGGAAAGAAAAGAAGACACCGGAAGAAGAAGCACGACUUCGAGGACGAGCCGCCGUUCGCCCAGGCGUCCAAGAUAACCGAGUCGCGGUUCGACGCGCAGCACGUGAGUUUUUCGGUGAAUCCAUUUUAGAGCGAAUACUUUCUUCAGGCGGUCGAAAAGUUGGACAAACUGAAUGGGAAUCUGAAGCAAAAGGGAGAGUACGGUAGAUCGAUUCUGCCAAAGAUGUUGAUGGUGAAACAGAACAAGGGAAAGUUCCUGGGGUACGCGCAGCCAAUGAUCAAACCAUUACAACCGACUUUUGCUGGACGAAAAGAGCGUAAACAGACGCCUGAUCAGAUUUACGACGACCUCGUGGAGUCACAGAUCAGUGACAACGAACUGACGAACGAAGUGGGAGAAGCAGUGAACGAAAAGCCGCCCAAGCUACAUUUCAUGCCAACUACACCAGUUUCUGGUCUUGAAAACAGAGAGGCAUUCAUAAAUAACAAUGGUGCAUGGACCAUGGAACCAAGUACGGAACCGACGACCGAACUGCCGCCUCCGCCGAGCACGCUCCCACCUCCCACCAUCACUUUCCCGACCACUCUGCUCACGACGUCAUCUGCUCGCCCUCCAUCCUCCAGAUUUACUUUUGCGCCAUUUAGAAGAGUCUCGAAGACUACUACGGAAGAGCCGACGACAAGCACGGAGGAGAUCACGAUCACACCAACAACCACCACAUCUGCAGAAGUGACAGCGACGUCUUCAGAAGCGGAACCGACAACUGAGACCCGUUCGACGUCUUCUUUCUCUGUGGACCCACUGGUUGAUUACGUGACACACGAGCUUUUGAACAAACAUAUGGAGAAGCCGAAAUCGGACGAGGAUGAGUUUGACUUUUCGAGUGCCGAUUACAUUGAUAUCAGCGCUAUGGACAUUGAGGUAACUUCCGAGUUUCUCAGAUCAGAUCCUAUUACUGUUGCUUUUCAGCCGAGCACAUCCGCUGCUCCUCCUUUCCCUAUCCCAAUUGCCAGAUAUGAACAAGCGAACAGUUCUCCCUCGAUAUGGCCGAUGGAUGGACCCCAUCAUCCGUCCCAUCACACAGGGCACACGACAACUCCGCAACUGAGAACGACGGCAGCUCCAUUGAGCCCGGGAAUGCUCAGCGAGCAACAGAACAGUGAUCUGAUUCCGUUGCCGACCGACGCGCAGACAUUCGGAUCAAUCGAUGUAAGUGAUUCUGAGAACAGAGGGCAGCAGUUCCGACGGUCAUUUGCAGGUGACUCCAUCGCCAUCAAUCAGCACGACCCCGUUGGACAACCAGCUGUGGCCGUUGCCGAUCCGAAAGAGACAUCGUUUGAAGGCGAUGGGAGCAAAGAUGAUGGAAAAGUGAGUGAUGAAAACGGGACUGGACAGUGAUAAAAGGAUUCAGAAUGAAGCCGAUUGUGAUAUUGCCCAUGAACAAGAACAAUGCGGAGAAGAUGAAAGAGUACAAAAGAAGACUGGCGACAGGCUGUCAGAGAUACGAUACGUGUCUUCGGAAGGAAGUCGAGAUGCGGUUGCGAUGUGCAGAUCCUUAUCCGACGCCUUACGACAAGUGCUCCGCUCAGCUGCUUCCACUGUACAGGGUAACAAUCUGAAACGACUCCAGCCGAGAACAAUCUUCCAUUUUCAGUUAAUCGAUGAAGCUUCCAACAACAAGCUUCAGUUCUUCAUCAAAUGCGUCGGAAGUUCUCAAGAACAGGUUGGCAACUGAAAAAGGAAAGGCCUAAACGAACAUUUGUCUUCAGAAUACGAGAUGCUUCGCUCAGAAAACUAUCAGUGAGAAGCACGUGACGUGCGAGAACCUGGACUCUUGGUCUACGUACUGCCGUCAACUGGAGCAGUGUUGCCCGGCGAAGGACCGUUGCGACUCGGCGGCGGAGCUCGACCACGUGGGUUCUCGGCUCCGUCUGCUCGAAAAGUCAUUCUCGCUCCGGGCGGCCGCGUGCCAGUUCAAGCACGCUUUUCACCGGACACUCGCCCGAAUGAUCUGA